UCUCUCCCUUAUUUGUCUCGGUGUGCGUCUCUCCCUGUACCCUCCCCCUGCCUCAAAUACAUUAUUCCCCCAGACUUGGAAGCCGCUCCCAGAGCUGACGCUUUGAUGGUAUCUGCAAGCGUUUGUGCUGAUCUUAUUUCUGCCCCCUGAAUAUUAAUUCCCAAUGCUGGUGGCAACACAGCACCUCGGGGACGGGACCUACUAGAAGCAGGUGGGGGGGAGCCACCAUCAGAUCAUAAGCAUAAUAAUAAUACAAAGGGGAGGGAUCCUUCUGCAACCAAAGGCUAACGGCAGAGGAGGAAAAAAAAAAAAGCGAUGAGUCCGACAAAUAUAUGGAGCACAGGAAGCUCAGACUACUCGACUCCCGUAUUUUCACAGAAAAUGACGGUGUGGAUUCUGCUCCUGCUAUCGCUGUACCCCGGUCUCACUAGCCAAAAAUCUGAUGAUGACUAUGAAGACUAUGCUUCUAACAAAACAUGGGUCUUGACUCCAAAAGUUCCUGAGGGUGAUGUCACUGUCAUCUUAAAUAACCUCCUGGAAGGAUAUGAUAAUAAACUACGACCUGAUAUAGGAGUGAAACCAACAUUAAUUCACACAGACAUGUAUGUGAACAGCAUUGGUCCAGUGAAUGCUAUUAAUAUGGAAUAUACAAUUGACAUAUUUUUUGCCCAAACAUGGUAUGACAGACGUUUGAAAUUUAACAGCACCAUUAAAGUCCUCCGAUUAAAUAGCAACAUGGUAGGGAAAAUCUGGAUUCCAGACACUUUCUUCAGAAACUCCAAGAAAGCUGAUGCACACUGGAUAACCACCCCUAAUAGGAUGCUGAGAAUUUGGAAUGAUGGUCGAGUGCUCUACACUUUAAGGUUGACAAUCGAUGCAGAGUGCCAAUUGCAGUUGCACAAUUUUCCAAUGGACGAACAUUCCUGCCCCUUGGAGUUCUCCAGCUAUGGCUAUCCACGCGAAGAAAUUGUCUACCAAUGGAAGCGUAGUUCUGUUGAAGUAGGUGACACAAGAUCUUGGAGGCUUUAUCAAUUUUCAUUUGUUGGACUGAGAAAUACCACAGAAAUAGUGAAGACAACUUCUGGAGAUUAUGUGGUCAUGUCUGUCUACUUUGACCUGAGCAGAAGAAUGGGAUACUUCACCAUCCAGACCUACAUCCCCUGCACACUCAUCGUUGUCCUAUCCUGGGUAUCUUUCUGGAUCAAUAAGGAUGCUGUUCCAGCCAGAACUUCUUUAGGUAUCACCACUGUCCUGACAAUGACCACGCUCAGCACCAUUGCCCGGAAGUCACUACCCAAGGUCUCCUAUGUCACAGCAAUGGAUCUCUUUGUAUCUGUUUGCUUCAUCUUUGUCUUUUCUGCUUUGGUGGAGUACGGCACCCUGCAUUAUUUUGUCAGCAAUCGGAAACCAAGCAAGGAUAAAGACAAAAAGAAGAAAAAUCCUCUUCUCCGGAUGUUUUCCUUCAAGGCCCCUACCAUUGAUAUCCGCCCAAGAUCAGCAACCAUUCAAAUGAACAAUGCCACGCACCUUCAAGAGAGAGAUGAAGAAUAUGGGUAUGAGUGUCUGGAUGGCAAGGACUGUGCCAGUUUUUUCUGCUGUUUUGAAGACUGCCGAACAGGAGCUUGGAGACAUGGGAGGAUACAUAUUCGUAUUGCCAAAAUGGACUCAUAUGCACGGAUCUUCUUCCCCACUGCCUUCUGCUUGUUUAAUCUGGUUUAUUGGGUUUCCUACCUUUACCUGUGAAAGAGGUAUGGGUUUCACUGACGUGGGUCUAAUUCACUAAAUCUCAUGGAGAGAAGAUGACCUUUCUAAAGUCCACUUAAAUAAUCCCCUGUGUGGUUUAUGCUAAUUUGAAUUUGUUUCUAUGUUCUAACCUGCUAAAUUGUAUUAAUGUCAUAUUGUUUGAGCCCAACUCUCCUAUUGUAAGUGUAAUUUGAACUAUAAUGUUUGCUGUGUUUCAAACCUGCAAGGCAAAGUCAAAUUAGAGCAAGAACACUGAAAUCAACAAGAUACCUUUCAGCUACAACAGAAAUAGUGAAAACCAUGACUAUUUACAGCGGUGGUGUUCUUAAUUCAAAAUAGAAUUAGAUGCAAAAGGUCCAAAAACUGUACCCUAUGUUCAUAUGGGGGCAUGUUGUGGUAAGUUUGAUCCCAGUAGGAAAUCUCCCUCAUUUGAGAAAAAUCACAAGUCACUUUAUAUAUAAGGGCCUAGACUAGAAAUUGAUUAUAACUCUGUCCCAAGAUAGAAAUUUUCCUCCACAUCACAUGUACAAUGAUGUAAAUAUUUCAGUAACGUAGAAUGCUUCAAGUUUAAUGCAUGCAUCUCUUUAGAGCCAAAAUAAAUUGAAUGAAGUUAACAUCA